AUAUAAAAAGAUUUGCAUAAUAUUUGUGGAAUUUUUGUUCUUAGUAAGAAGAAAACAGAAAAACAAAAAAAAAGUUCAGACUUAUUUUUUUUUUCUCUCCGCGUUUUUGAAGCAACGAAAUAAAAGAUCAUUUUUUAUUACUUAUACGGACUUUAUCGGUGGCAGACGUAAAUUUUUUUCGCGCUCGUUCCUUUCUGGAAAUAUGCUUGUAAACGCACAAAAUGAGGAAGAUUCCUUAAAUGGGAAAAUUAAUAAAUUCAGUGAAAGUGUUGAGACAGUGCAAAACAUUCUCAGAUAUUCACAUGACGACAAUAGUUUAACAGUUACAAGAAUUAUUUGUGAACCGGGAAGCAAAGAUGGCGAUAACUACAUGUCGCUUAUUAAGCGAGUUAAAGUGACUGUAAAAGCAAAUAAUAAUUCAGAAUAUCGAACCAGUUUGAUCAUCAAACGACAAAUGGACGAUGAAAACAGACGUAAACUAUUUCGAUGCGAUUAUGCUUUUAAAAAUGAGAUUGCAGCUUAUUGUCAUUUGAUUCCCGUACUUAAAAAGUUUUCCAACGAUAAUUUGCCUUAUCCAAAAUGCUUUUUUGCUGGCAUGGAUACACAAGGAGAGAUCAUUGCAAUGGAAGAUUUAAAAGAAUUGGGCUUUGAGAUGGCAAAUCGCACGCAUGGAUUGGACUUUGAACAUUGUUCGCUUGUCUUGAAAGAACUUGGCGGAUAUCACGCAAUAUCACUCGCAAUGAAAGUUGUUGAUCCGAUGAAAUUUUUCAAUGCAACUGCAAAGAUGCAUGAAGUUGUUUUCAGUGAAAGUGCAGCUGAAUUCUUUCGGCUAGUUCUUGAUGGUACACUAAACGAAGCGAUUUCAAGCUUGUCAAACUUCUCAAACGAAAAUGGCGAUUUGGAUAAACCCAUUGAGAUUUUAAAACGUCUGGGAGGAAAGAAACUUUUUGAUAUUAUGAUGAAUCAUGUCCAGAAAUCCGACAAUAAAUGGAAAGUCGUAUGUCACGGUGACCUUUGGAUCAACAAUCUUAUGUUUCAUUACCACAAUAGCAAGUUGAAGCAUGUAAAAUUCGUUGACUUACAGACGAUUCGUUACACAAAUUUGGUUUGCGAUAUUUUAAUGCUUUUGUAUUCGUCUACGGAUGGAUCGAUGCGUGAUAAGCACAUGGAUCGUCUAAUAGAAGUUUAUCGAGAAUCUCUUAUCAGCACAUUACGUGAAUAUCUGGAGAAAAACUACCGAGACGAGUUAGAAAAACUUGAGGAUGAGUUCACAGUUAAAAGUAUCAUGCACGAGCUUGGACUUCGAUCGCUUUACGGUCUGGGAACAUCACUAUGGGUAAUGCCAGCUGUUACCUUUGUAUCAUUAUCAAAAAUUAUGGGAUCAAUUCACGAUCAGCAAGCACACGAAGAAUAUUUACUGCAAUUACAGCCUAAGGAAUAUCACACAAGGGUCAAAGACAUUGUUAAGGAAUUUUAUGAGCGCGGCUAUUUUGACAAUAUUUUCAUAGACGUCUAAAAGUCAAGAAGAUUCGACUCGUUGAAACAUAAACAAAAAAAAUACUGAAGAAGUACUUGCAAAUUUAAACUUAAAACAUUCAAACAUACUUCAAACAUUGACUCCACAUAUCUUUGAAUACGACAUCGAUUUUUAAAUGCAAUUUCCAUCUUCAUUGAUGUAGAAAAUUAUUCCAAUUGACCGCUGAUCCUUUAGAAUCUAAAAACAGGUAUUGAAGAUAUUUUUCUGAACUUUUUUUUCAAUAGAACUUCAUAUGGAGAAAAAGCAAUCCAAAUG